AACGCGGAGCUAACGGAGGAGGAGCCCCCGGAGCCCCCCCCCGGGCCGCGCCGGGACCUGCCCGCGGCCCCUCGGCAUGGCGGGGGCUGCCAGGAUGCUGCUCGGAGCGCUGCUCUGCGGAGUGACAGAGUGUCGAGGGGUCUUGGACAACAAUCAGAGAUUUUCCUCAUUGCCAACGUACCUCCCUGUGAGCUAUCGGAUCUCCAACACCGAGACGUCUUUCUUUCUCAAGGAAGCCAACCAGGACUUCAUGAGAAAUUCCAGUUUGCAAUCCAGGGUGGAAUCGUUCUUCCCCUACAAAGCCAAGAGGCCGCCUGUAUUAAACGCCAGCUACGGCCCUUUCUCCGUGGAACAAGCCGUGCCCCAGGACCUCAUGUUAACUUCUAGCUUUUUCGGAUCCGCCAACAAGUUCACUUACAACUGGAAACUUCAGGCCUACAUCAUGAGCAACAAGAUUUACCCCAGCAAGCCCAAGGUGCAGGUGCUGUUCUACAUCGUGGGCAGGGACUGGGAUGACUACAGCACCACGGAGCGCCUGCCCUGCCUGCGGGUGUUCGCCUUCCGAGAGACGCGGGAGGUGCGAGGCAGCUGCAGGCUCAAAGGGGACCUGGGGCUCUGUGUGGCAGAGCUGGAGCUCCUGCCCAGCUGGUUCAACCCCCCCACGGUUGUCACGGGCCGUAAAAAGCCACCGGAUCAGUUGGAAGGGAGCCCCGUGGAGCUUUACUACACCAUCCAAGCGGGAGAUGAGAAGGGAGAGUGCACCCCCGAGGAUAUAAGGAAGGGAAAUGCCAUCCGGCCGGGGAAGGAUGGCAUGGAUGAAACCGUGUCCCACCUGCAGAGGAUUGGAUCUGUCAGCCUCUAUCGAGGCCAGGAGACCUCCCAGCUAACAGAGCUAAGGCUGGAUAGUAACAUUGUUGUCUGGUUGCCCUCAAAGCCGGUCAAACAAGGAGAGGUUGUGAACGUUUAUGUGACGAUUGCCAACAAUUCCACGGUGGAUCAGUUCAUACUCAGGGCAAAGGUGAAGAAAGGUGUGAACAUUCUCAGUGCAAAGACAAGUGACCCCCGGCAGUGGGACGUGAAGCAGGAGGUGGGGAAUGGUGGAAAGCACUCAACCACAACUGUUAUUUGUCAGAGGAUAGCACCAAGUUCAAGGAACAGGAGCAACAGUUUGUUCCACGAGGUCGUGCAGCUGAACUUUGAGAUCACCAGCUUCAGCAGCCUGUCGGGAACACAGCCCAUCACCUGGCAGGUGGAAUACCCCCGGAAGGGGACCACGGACAUCACCCUGUCUGAAAUCUUCAUCUGCCAGAAGGACCUCGUUGGGAUUGUUCCACUGGCAAUGGACACAGAGAUUCUGAACACAGCGAUUCUCACGGGGAAAACAGUGGCAGUGCCCAUCAAAGUGGUGUCCAUUGAGGAGAACAGUGCUGUGACAGACAUCUCCGAGUCAGUGGAGUGCAAAUCCUCUGGAGAAGACGUCAUUAAAGUUUCUGACAGAUGUGACUAUGUUUUUGUCAAUGGCAAAGAAAUGAAAGGCAAGGUGAAUGCACUUGUGAACUUCACCUACCAGUAUCUGAGUGCUCCUCUGCAGAUCACGGUCUGGGUUCCGCGCCUGCCCCUUCAGAUCGACAUUUCGGACACAGAACUGAGCCAGAUCAAAGGCUGGAGAGUCCCAGUUGUUUCCAACAAAAGGCCCACCAGGGACAGUGAUGAUGAGGACGAGGACGAGCGGAAGGGAAGGGGAUGCACCCUGCAGUACCAGCACGCCAUGGUGCGGGUCCUCACCCAGUUCGUGGCUGAGGAUUCCAGCCCCUGGGGCCAGCUGAGCUACCUGCUGGGCUCAGACUGGCAGUUUGACAUCACAGACCUGGUGGUGGAUUUUAUGAAGCUGGAGGAUCCUCACAUUGCCAAGCUGCAGGAGGGCAGGAUCUUGAUUGGAAGGGAAGUGGGAAUGACGACCAUGCAGGUUUUGUCUCCUCUGUCUGACUCCAUCCUGGCAGAGAAGACAGUGACUGUGCUGGAUGACAAAGUGACCAUAACAGACCUUGGGGUGCAGCUGGUGUCUGGGCUUUCACUGUUCCUCCAGCCGAGUGCUGCCAGCAGUCGGGCUAUCGUGGCUACAACUGUUGCCCAAGAGUUGCUUCACACUCCUAAGCAGGAAGCUGUAGUGAGCACCUGGAUCCAGUUCAGCGACAGCUCUGUUACUCCCCUGGACAUUUAUGACCCCAAGGACUUCUCCCUCUCUGCCGUGUCGCUGGAUGAAGGCAUCGUCUCCACCCACCACAGCGCUGCCUUCAGGUGGCCGGUUGUGGCAGCAGAGGGUGAAGGCCAGGGCACGUUGAUCAAGGUGGACAUGAUGAUCUCUGAAGCCUGCCAGAAGUCCAAGAGGAAGAGCGUCCUGGCUGUGGGGAGUGGCAACAUCAAGGUGAAGUUUGGCCAGAACGACGCAGACUCUGAUGCAGGUGGGGAUUACGACGCCGACGAGAUCGAGAACCACGCGAGCGACCGGCGGCACAAGGCGUCGGACCAGGAGCGCUACGGGCAGGACGGGCGGUUCUACGGCGGCUCCUCGGCGGAGAGGGAGGAGGGCUCGGUCAGGAAGGCCAGCACCACGGCAAAAUCCAUCCUGAAGAACAAGGUCCUCAAAAACAACAGGCUGGACGGCGGCAAACUCUCGGACGACAGCCAGCUGCAGAACAUCCCCAUAGACUUCACCAACUUCCCUGCUCAAGUGGACCUCCCCAAGGGCAGCGCGGGUGUAGAGGACAGCGACCUGGUGCAGACACCCAGGGGCCUUAGUGAUCUGGAGAUCGGGAUGUACGCGCUGCUGGGGGUCUUCUGCCUGGCGAUUCUAGUCUUCCUAAUAAACUGUGCAACAUUUGCACUGAAGUACCGCCACAAGCAGGUCCUGGUGGAAGGACAGACCACCAUGACCCAUUCCCACGACUGGGUGUGGCUGGGGAACGAGGCGGAACUGCUGGAGAACACGGCAGACGCGUCGCCUCAGCAGGACGAGCACACGACUAUUAUUGACCGGGGCUCGGGCAGCGAGGAGAGCAACCAGCUCCUCAAUGGCAGCGCCCAGAAGAACAUCCAGGGCCAGGUCCACAGGUGUGCAGACUCGGGGGGCAAGCCGGGGAAGGAACAGAAAUCUGAAGGUUUACAUUCGCCGACGUCCAAACGGAAGCGGGUAAAAUUCACCACGUUCACAACCAUCCCGCCCGACGACGGCUGCCCCACGGUCAACUCAAUCCUGAGCAGCAAUGACGAUGACAUUAAGUGGGUGUGCCAGGAUAUGGACCUGGGGGACUCCAAAGAGAUACGAAACUACAUGGAGAAGUUCAAAGACAAAGUGUAGCUCCUCGCUGGGUUUUUUUUUUGGGGGGGGUUUAACCACACCUUGAUGCCUUCAGUUCUACAGCAUAUAUUGGGACAGGAGAGGGGGAGGGGAAAGGGAUCACCAGGAGAAAUGAUGAGGCAGUUUUUAUAAUCAGGGAAAGAAAUUUGCCAAACUGUCCAUGGUUUGUUUUUGGAGGUUUUUUUUUUCCGCUUUAUUUUGGUUUUUUUCCAGUGGUUCUUCUGCUACUUGUGGAUUUAGGAAAUGGGAUCUAAAUAGCAGAAAGGAACAAGGAAAUGGUGUGACCAAUAUGAUGAACUGGGCAAGAUGAGGUUGUGAAAAUUCAUUUUUAUGGGUCAUACAAAUAAUAAUGACAGUAUUGUUUCAAAGUACCAAAAAAUAUCUGCAAAAAGAAAUGAGAGAAUAUAAGAGCAUGAAAAGAACAAGCAAGAGACAAACAAUAACUUUUUCUAUUUCCAGUAAAACAUCACAAUUAUGGGCAUACGACCCACAAGGAGACUUUUUAGAUUGUUACUCGAGCCAUUUCUUUUUAUUCCUUCAUUUGAAGUGAAGAUGUGUCUUUGGCACUACACGUGAAGGAGGAAGAAAUUACCUGGUAUUUUUAUUUUUACCUUUCCGUUGUCUUGUAAAUUGAAACAGAAUAAUUUUCCCUCUUGUAUUUUUCUUUUAAAUAUCCUGAAAACAGGAAGAUUUAAAAUUCUUUAAGUUCGCAGUGGGCCAAGAAUAUACAAAUCAGCUAUAAAUAGUCUCCUGUCAUUUAAAGAAUUCAAGGGAUAAGUAUUGACUAAUAAUUUCCAUGUGGUGUCUCUUCUGAAAGCUUAAGCCUCCAUUUCACCCUUAGCUAGAAAGAUGUUCUGUUUGGAAGAAGUAUUAAUUUUCCUUUCAGGUUUGGAUUGUUUCUUUAGUUGCUCGUUUUAAAUUUCCACAACCAAAGUUCCUACGUUUCACCAAGGGAAGAAGGUGCUGUUUUAUUUUAGCUUUUAGAAGUAUCAAGGAUGGGAGCUCCCCACUGGUGCAUUUUAAAUGUACCUGGAACUGAGACCAUCACAGGCCAAAUAUGUACAGCCUGGAUUUUGUUUGUUUUGGGGUUUUUUUUGCCAAGUUCAUGAAUUCUAUAAUUUUGUGCUGUAAUUUUCUGUUUAUUCUAAUGCCACCAGCUCUCAUCAAGCUCUGAAAGCCAGAAGAAGAGUGGACAGAAAGACACUGAUUGCCCCCAAACUUUUAUUUCUUGUACUGGGAGAGCUGGCCUCUGGACAGACUGUUGGGGGGGAGGGAGGGGAAUAUUGCUGAAGCAAGACCAAGAAAUACCUGGAGCUAUUUUAUAGAUUUUUUUUAUUUUUCUUUUUUUUUUGCCAUUGGACCAGCUAAGACUGAAAGUUUUAGACUAGAUUGUAAAGCUGAUGUUUUGAAUAAACAAAUACCGACCCAGUAAUAAAUCGGAAGCAAAUACAAAAUAGAGUUUUAAUUCGUGGUGUAAACUGGCAGAACUGUGUUGACUCAGUGCCAGUUCCCAUUAAUGGAGGACACAGAUCAAAAUCUAUACAAUGAGGAAACCACUGUCAUCCAAAACCUCUCCUAACUAAAAGGAAGAUGGUGUACCCAGCCUUUGGAAAGCAGUAUUAUGUCCUGACUGUUAGCCGAAGCACUUGCAUUGUCCUGUCUUUACCAUGUAUUUCGUUGUUUUGGGGUUUUUUUUGAUUACUAAACUCAGUAGUUUGUUUUUUUUUUUACUUGGACAAAAUCAAUCCUGCCACCCAGUAACAUAGAUGGACAUUUUAACAAGAUAUGCCUAGUAUGCAUUGUAGACUGAAAGAAUGUAAUAUUUAUUUAUACAUGUUAUACGAAUUGUAAUUAAAAUGCUUUACAUGGCUUGACAAA